AAAAAACAACAGUUAAAAUGUAAACGGUAAUUUCAUUUUUAUUUUGUGCCACCUGUGUGUACAUUCAGUUUCCUAUUAUUUGUUGGUGAUUUUCAAUUAUGUUAUUUGCUUGUUACAAUACAACUACGAAUAUAGUUAAAAUGCACUCAGUGUAGUGAAGUUUGUGUAGGGUUGGACGAAAUCAUUAUCAUUGUGGCAGCUAGUAGAAUAGUUUAUUUGGACCUACCAACUGGUCAUGAAGGACACGUACACGAUAAUCGCGGUGGGCACGCUGGGCGGCGCGUGCCUGGUGCUGCUAGUGCUAGUGGUGGUGCUGUUCGUGCAGGUCGCCAGCCUCAAGAAGAAGGUCAACGAGAUGCAGGCCACCGGCAGGAUGCGGGUCCAAAAGCUGAAGAUGAACCCAGACAAGAACCACGCGUUCCACAACCCCGCCCUGGUGCCUGAGGAGGAACUGUCGCGUCGAGGGUACUCCAUGUACAUGGGCAGCGAACCGGACCUCGACAUCGCCAGGCCUUCCGAGCGGCAGACGGGUGGGCAGUUCGUAGAGGAGUUGACGCGAGAGCUCGACCACCGCCACCAGCGCCAGGAGCUCGACAACAGGAACCACCGGGACCUGGACAGCAGGAACUACCGCCACGAUAUGGACAACAGGAAUUAUCGACAGGAUGUAGACAAACACCACCGCCAGACCACAGCCCCUCCCUUCCUUCUACAGAGCAUAGAAGAGAACAAGAAGAAGACGAGGAAUAUGUUCAAUCCUGUCUCCAACGGGCGGCAGAGUGACACCAAUCCAAACUUCAUUUAUUGAUGAAGUUAAAGGGAGUCCCAAAUGUGCAGUCGAGGAUGCAUUACAGAAUCACUUUGAUACCUAACAUUUUUGAGGUUCUUCUAAGGUCAUCUAACACCACCAUUUCCCGGUUUGGUCUUUUUGGUUCAAUUUUAGGUAAAUGACUUUAUUUUUAAUAUCAUAUGAAUUGGAACAAAUAGGAUUAGACCACCGCUUGUUUUGGUUUAUUGGAUAAAUAAUAUUUUUUAUCGCAGUUUUGUGGAACUAAUUUGUUGCUAAACAAAAGGGUUAGGCGUCUGCAGUUGAUAUUGUGUGGACGACGAUAAUAAUGGAUGUUUAACAUUUCUUUGGGAAAUAGUUACCAAUAAGGUAAGGUUUUUGAUUUUGCAUGAUAAAUUAAUUAAUUUAUUAUUUAUUUUAUGGUUGAUACUUGGUGUAACUUUACCCAAACACAUAAACAAAAUACCAUCACAUACCUACUUUUAACUUUAAGUACAAUUCCACAGAACGUGAAAAAUAUUUAUAGGAAAAAUAUAAGGAACUAAAAACGCUCUAUAAAUAAUACAAGAGCCACUAAUACAUCUUGAUAUUGCUUACGAGAUUCUAGACAACGCUAGAAUUUUCUAGAAUUCUUUAGAAUCUUGUAUGGCAGAUAUUGUCGAAUAAUUAUUCGGUAAAAUGAUAUUAAAAGCAAACAGACGACAUAUUAAUUCAAGUCAAAUAAAAGUUUAGAAUGGUUUUUGUUUCGCAAUUCACAGUUCUUUUGCAGUCAAUAGCAAUUCUUAUACAUUUAAAUAAUCAAACAUUUCUCAAUUGUGUUUAGUCGGAUUUGGAUUCAGUCGAAGUUGCUUUUAUGACACAAAUUAUUGGAUUGUUUCUUAUUUAAUAGAUUGUUUUAUUCAAGUAGACUGACAUUUUACAUUUCUUUAAAUUCGGGUUUUACUUAUUUAUUUACCUUUUGUUUCUAUAUAUUUUUAUACCUUAAAAUUAUUACCUAUUUAUGUGACAUGAGGACGCUAAUUGUCUUUUAAAUAUGUGAUAAUUUUGCUUUGCUGUAAAUUCCAUAUAAUAACUCUUAAAGUUAAAUAAAUAUUCCAUUUCAACUUCUUUUUAGUUUAUCUUUCUUUUUGUUUUUCGAAGAAACAAUCCAUGCUGGUAUAUGGAUAGGUUGCAUCCUGUCGUAAUUAUGAUACGUAUUAAUUUUAGCAUAAGGGUGAAAAUGCGGUAAGCGUCUUCUUUUCUAAUUUUCUUCUGAGAAAAUUAGUUUUUAAAGACGAUCAUUUUGUAUAAUAUUUAAUUUUAAUAUACAUUAUAAAUAAAUUAAUUUAAAUACUU